GUGACAUUACAAUAUUACAUUUCACUGCUACCGCGUGUUCUUCUGCGUUAACAACGUUUGUCUGUAAAUCGAUUUAAAAUAAUAAACAAACUUCAGAAAUGGAUAUUGCCGAAAGAAAUGCCCAUGAAUAUGUGGGAAUAUGGGUUCAUGGAUUUGACAAUUCUUUUGUCAAAUUCAAAAUUAGGAGACAUACACCUUUAAGAAUACUCAUGGAGACAUAUUGUCAAAUGCAUCGUUUAGAUAAGGCAAGAGUAAGAUUCCUUUUUGACGGAAGAAUAAUUGUUGACGCUGAUACUCUAUCUUCUCUUGAAAUAGAAGAAAACGAUACUAUUGAAGUAUUCAGGGAGCAGACAUCCGAGCCAAGACAUUAUUUUCUUUUAUAUUAUUCAAUUUAA